CUUCCCGUUCGCUCAGCCAUACUUAAGCAAUGUACCGGCGGACUAGUAGUUGAGUGGGUGACCAUCAGCGAAUCCCCGCUGUUGUAUGUUUUUUUGUUUUUUUGCCAAUUUUUAUCUUGUCCAUCUAAUGGUAGUUGGGAUGGCAUUGCCUUGGUGUAUGUACACUUUCCCUUUCCCAAGGAACGAAGUUAG